AUGCCAAGAACUAACCCUCAAACGGGUAUGUUUACGGAUGGUGUUCGUACGAGUUAUCGCUCAUUCAUCAUUAGAAAACGUCGUGAAUAUCUCGUUAAUAACAUUGAAAACUAUGAAUUGGAAAUGAAAGACAAUCAUAAAUCACCGAGAUAUUCAUAUAAUAGCCAUAAAAGUCAACGACCACGAACAAAACGCUUAAAAGAUACGCGUUCACUUCAAAUAGCUAUUGUUGGAGCUGGUAUUAGUGGUCUCAGUGCCGCUUUGACAUUAUUAGAUUCGAAAUUGUUUACUCCGAAAAACAUUCACAUCUACGAUGCUAACAAUUAUAUUGGAGGUAGAAUGCAUACAACAUUAUGGUUACCGGAAUAUCAAACAUCAGAAUGGUGUGGUGAAUUUCUUGAUAGUAAUCAUGAUUUUAUGAUGAAUUUAACUAAACGUUUCAAUUUGUCAUUGAUUGAUACGAUCGAUCCAACGGAUUCAGAUGGUUCUCGUGGAACAUAUUAUUUCCUAAAACAGUUUUACAACGCUUCCGAGGCAUGGCGCGAUUAUCAAGCAAUCAGUGACACAAUAAAACAACAAUUAGAACUCAUUGGUGAUGUUAAUUAUAAUGAAACUAAUUCAGAUGCAACAUAUUUUGAUAAUUUAUCACUCUAUGAUUGGAUAGAAAAAUAUAUACCAAAUGGCCAUCAAUCACAAUUUGGUGCAUAUAUUGAUUCUGCUUAUACACAAGAAUACGGUUUAGAUACACGUGAGCAAAGUUCAUUAAAUUUUCUUCUCGCUAUCAGUCCUGAAAGUCAACCAGAAAACGGUCCAUUAUCUAUUUAUGGUCCUUCUGAUCAACGUUACCGAAUUAAAGACGGAAAUUAUUUACUACCAGAGGCUAUUUCUAAAUAUUUAACGAAACAGAAAAUUUCAAUAAAUCUCAACUAUAAUUUAACUAAAAUAUCAAUAAAUGAUAAUAAAAAAAUUUCAUUACGUUUUCAAAAUGAUGAAACUUACAUAUAUGAUCAUGUUAUUUUAACUUUACCAACGACAACAUUAAAAUAUGUCGAUUAUAGCGAAGCUAAAUUUGAUUCAUUAAAGAAACGAGUUAUUAAUGAAUUAAAAUAUGGUACAACCACAAAACUUAAUUUACAGUUUAAAGAACGUUUUUGGUUAAAAUUAUCAUCCGAUGGAGUGAUUUAUACAGAUUUACCUUUUCUCAAUUCAUGGGAAGCGACAAGUGGUCAAAAAGGUGAAACAGGAAUACUUACUCUAUUUACCGGUGGGACAAUCGGAACUUCAUUUGAACCAAAAAAAGGAAUUAAUACAUUGACAACUAGCAAUUGUAAUAAGAAUACAUUUUUAUAUAUCGAAGGUUUCUUAGAUGAUUUAAAUGAAAUAUGGCCAAAUGCAUCCACAUAUUAUACUGGUAAAGGUACCAUUUCAGCACCAUGGGUUGAUAAACAUUUUUUGGGAUCAUAUCCAGCUUACACACUUGGACAAUAUUCAACAAUAUCUGGUUAUGAAAAAGAACGACAAAUGAAUAUACAUUUUUCAGGAGAUUACACAUCACCCGAUUUGCAAGGUUUUAUGGAAGGUGCAGCUUCAGAAGGAGACCGAGCAGCUAACGAAAUUAUUGCUGAUUAUAGUUAG